AUGUAUGAACUGGAACAAUCUAGUUACCCAUUCACUUUAGACGAAUCGACUAUGGUAAAUGGAAAAGUGAAAUAUAUGAACGAAAUUUUUAGAGCCUUCGGUAACGAAAAAUUUGAACCCGAGGACACAUUGGAAGUCAUCGCCUCGGCUUCGACGUAUCUUAACAUUUCUUUUAAAAGAUAUGUGGAUAUUAUUUCUAUGACCGUUAUUCAUGACUUCGUUGAAAGAUUUUCAAACCAAAUUGAAGAAAAGUUGAUAGAAUUAUACAUUUCUAACGGUGAUAAUUGUGACGUCGAAGAACUAGUUAGAGAGAAUCAUGAUAUUAGUAAUCUUAGAGAAGAACUUCGUAUAAAAGAAAAACAUAUGAAGGAAAUUUUGGAUAGUCUUGUUAGAUUUGGCGUAGU